AUGAAGAAAUUAUGUCUUCAUGAUGAACAUAUGUACUAUCUGUGCCAGAGUGAUAGUCGCCACGCUAAAAACCAAAAUCGUUCUGCCGUUCCGGAAAUGCAUUGCACAGCAUUUAUUCGUGUUCUCGACUGGCGGCCCAUCAUCCGAGGCGAGCUCAACGAAGUUGUGGUCGACUAUUGUCUCGAUCACUACUAUCACAGUGGUGAUCCGAUAGAGCAAGUCCCAGGCUCGGGCAAGUCUGUUGAAUACUUUACUCCAGAGGUGUUCAUGCGCGAUCUGGCUCUGAGGCGUGAACGAACACAGCAACUUAUUCAAGAUAAAGGCCUACAGAGGAUUAAACGUAGGAAUCAACCGCCGUCAAUUUCUGCAAAUCCAUCACUAAAGAUGCGAAAAAUUAACAACAUCCCUCCUGGUUGUUCUCUGCAAGAACAGUAUUACGAUAGCCGUGGCGAAUGUGAUCCGGGUGAUAGUGACGAAUGGGAAGGAAAUCCUGAGAGCGUAUUUGCUACUUCACGUGCUCAACAGCGUCAAAAGCAGUUGGACGUACCAUCUUACAUCACAAAACGAGGCGAUUUUUUCGACACGGAAACAUACAAUACCGUGUUGCAAUUCGAAAUGACCUGUGAUAUGCUGAAGGAGCGCAUGCAAUACGUGCGCAGUAUCCAGACAGCAAAUGCCUAUCUUGGGAGGCUAACCCAUCUUCUUGAUGACAUCAUGGCUGAUCCUGAGUGUGCUCCAUCGUCAUCCACGGCGGAUGAAGUUGUGGAUACAAACGUUGCUGAUAUUCAUGAUGAUCUGUCGCGACGAUCGCACUGA